UUCAGGUUCCUACCGGUUUGCCAACAUUUUCCUUAAGCUCUUCCCUUCCAGGAGUUUUCACCAAGAACAACCGUAACUGCCCACACCUGUCCGCCCUGUGUAUCCACCAUGACACGCCGCGUUUACACCAGCAGGUUUUCCUUCCUCCAAUGGCACGGACUCACGCAAACGCACUUGCCACCGAGGUCGUGCAAAACCGCAUGGCACAGCGACAUCACCUUUCGAAAGCUUUGGUUGUUAGUCUAAUGAAGAAUCAGUAUUCUAAUAAAGGUUUUUGUAGGGGAAAAGGAAGACCCUUCGAUCUGGAGGGUUUUGAAUUUUUGAUAUGAUUUUAAUGAAGGAUUUUAUAGUUUUUUUCUGGAUGACUUUUUGGGCUUGAAGCUCUUCACAGGUGACCCUAUUUUGGACUCCCCCGAUUUCAGGGACAGGCUCCCUCAAACAUUCAGAAGCUGAACCGUCCCUCACGUGAGAACCGCCAAGAGUCACAGGGCCUGUAUCAUCCGGUCCACCUACUAAAAAUAAACACGGGCCCCCCCCAAUAAGAGAAACUCGGUCGCAUUUUUUUCAUAGAGUUGGGUGCGCUUUUCACAUAGACAAACACACCAAUGGCAUCCAAUGGCCCAUUGUUGUCACUCACCCCAUUUUAUGGCCAAACGAGACGCAACAAACACAUCCGAAGACGCGCAUCGCUCGCGCGAUCGCUCUCAGGAAAGAUAUCUCCUCCAGGAAGUUCAGGAAGAGAAGCGCCGACGAGCUGAGAAGGCAGAGGCGCAAAGGGCCACAGCACCGAACGCAGAGAUGUCAGCGGCCAUCGCCGAGUACUUUGCGCAGCAGAAGCAGUCAGGACCUGCCGAGAAGGCCGAAAAGGCUGCUCGGAAGAUGUCUGCAAGCAUUGCCAAGACAGCACAGAUCCAUCCUUCGUUGGCCAGUGUCUAUGCAAAUGCAGCGCCGGCGGCACCCGCUGCACCGGCUUCGGCUUUCGCGGCAGCGGCCGUUCCGCAGCAGGAUGCAGGUGCCUAUGAAAUGGAUCCUCAGCAAGCCGCAGCUGUCACCACCGUGCCCCCUGUGUCCACGUCCGCGGCGCCGGCACCCAGCUGGGCGGCGGUGGCCGCACUGCCCGCCGCCUUCCGGGCCCGGGCGCUGGCGACCAUGGCCGAACGGCGCGCGUAG